GGGGCAGGAGAUAGGGCCAGCCGUCUCUUGGGGCAGAGCAGCUGAUGACCCAACCCACCAAAGCUAGUUAGAGUCCUGUAGGAGUGGAGCAGGAAUGAGAACAACUUCGGGACCACUGUGAGCCAGGAUGGGGUUGGAGGUACAUAUAAGGCACCCUUGCUUUACUUUCAGAGAGGGAGUUCUUCAGGCCUUUCAAGUGAUUGACAUUUUCAAGCCCGUUAGCCACAGGACAGUGACAGGUUCUGGGAAACAGAUUGCAGCCCCAUGAAUUGGUAGCUCACUGUGCAAGGCCACUUCCCCCACGCUAGUCCAAAGGUGAAAGCAUACCCUUCUUUCAGUACCUAGCACCUCCCUUCAUGGCUCUUCCUUACUGAGGCCUUCAAGUUCCAGCCAAGGAAAGGCUUGAUCAGGGUAGGUAACUCUCAGCACCAAACCGGUUUUCCCACCUUGACUAGGGCUGGCAUAUUACCUCUGGUAAAUUCCCAAUCCCAGCAUACCCCAGCCACCAAGUUCUCCCUACCCUGGAAUGUAAGGGGGUGGGGGAUAUCCAAGUCACCCUUUGUGCCUUGUUUGCCUUAGGUGCGGGCCAGAAAGGCUGGCCAGAAAGGGUUGAGUCUUUUGUAUUUCUGGCACUAUGGGAUUACUUCCCUUGAAAAUUAGGUUUUUUUUUUUAAAUGCAAACUUUGUUUUUAUUUGUAUCAAGGUAGGGAGGAACUAGGGCCUAUAGCAGCCUAGGCAGGUGUCUCACUGCUGAGCCACACUUCCCUUGAAAGUUUUGAAACAAAGUCAAACAAAGGAGUUGGGAUUCCAUUUGACAUCACUCCUUCCUCUAGUUGGAAUUCUAGAGGAGAGGACCAGAAAGUCUAGGCUACCCAAUGGGCUUACUCUUCAGUAAGUAGGAGGGACCAGUGGCCUUUUCUCUAGAUGCCCUGGCUAAUCCAGGUCCUUUAUCUCAAGUACCAAGUCAAAUCCCUUGGAUCAGUCUCCUUCCAACAAGAAUCUCUUACUGGACUCUGAUUUAACACAAGCUAAUGCUCUUUUUCUGUGCUAAGUGUCAAACACUCAGGUGCCCAUAUGAGGUAACAAAAGCCAAGACAAACAGAGGCAGAGGUUCAGUAAUGUGCCCAGUGCCACAUUAUUAAUCUAUUGGAAGCAAGCUUUCUCCUCAGGCAGGCUCUAGAAGUAUCCCUUUAGUAGUUUGUAUUCCUGCAGAAAUCAGUUUCCAAUCCCGACUAGCCUUAAGAGGGAGACCAGGGCAUGCCAGUGUCUGUAGAAGCUCUUGCUUUCAGUGUACGGCCAUCUUGCAAUCCCCUAAACCCAUACAAAUUCAAAAUACUUAUACUUUUAUUCCUAUUUUGUAAAUUACUUUGCAAGUACACCUUUGGGACAAGUAGAUGAAAACGGUUUCCAUUUUACAAAGGAAAUAGGGUUAAGGAAUUAAAUGACCUUCCCUAAGAAAAUGGCCUUGGUCUGCUCUCCCCGGGAGUCUGCGUUACAUGUUGAAAGGUCCAGUAGAACACAUUGCUGAGAUGAGGAAAUGCUAAUGACCCUAGGCCGACAGAGCUUACAGGGAGAGAGUUAUAGAGGAAACGCUGAUAAACCACUUAUCGGGCGGGAGAGAUGGUUUAGUGGUUAAGAGUACUGGCUGUGCUUCCAGACGAUCCAGGUUUGGUUCCUAGCACCUGCAAUGGUGGCUCAUCACCAUCUGUAAAGCCAGUCCCAGGGGGAUCCAACACCUGUCCUUUGCGUGCACCAGGUACACACGGUACACAUUUAUCAAUACAGCUAGAACACCCAUACACAUAAGGAGAUAAACCAAUAAUUUCAAAAUAGACAACUUAUCACACUAUCUCCGUAUGUAUCAGAUUAGCAGAGCUCUGCGCUGUCCACUCCCACCUUCCACCCCAACCUAGACUUGUCUGGUGAUGCUGCCACGCUACUUCCUUUAGAGCUGAUAAAUGACACAGAAAAGGAAUGGGUUCUGGGGGCAUAGUAGGUUUUCACAAAGCACAGAAUGGUUCAGUGAUUGUGCAGGAGGUGGUGUGGGCAGAUAGGUGAUGCCUUCUUGGGGAGAAAGGAAGAUAUAAAUAAAGCUAACUGCCUUUUCAAAGCCUGGGCCCGGGGGACGGUAACAUAGAAAAACUACAACUCCCAGAAGUCUCUGUUUCUAGGCAAGUAGCGACGGUUGCUAUGGUUUCGGAAAACAAUAUGGCUGCUCCCAGAUGGGAUUUGAGUCUGUGCGGAAUAAGGACCCAAACACCUAUCUGAACGCUCGCAAUUGCGAGAGGAGGCAUUUGAAGGGUUCUGGGGCUAGCGCUGGGCUCUGUCGGGAACGGUGAGGCCUUGCUCUGGAUCUAAUGGAAAGCAGCGUGGAUGAGGAGGCUCUGCACCAGCUGUACCUCUGGGUAGACAACAUCCCUCUGUCCAGACCCAAGAGGAACCUCUCCCGGGAUUUCAGCGACGGAGUCCUGGUUGCAGAGCUUAUCAAGUUUUACUUCCCCAAGAUGGUGGAGAUGCACAAUUAUGUCCCCGCCAACUCUCUCCAGCAGAAGCUCAGCAACUGGGGUCACCUGAACAGAAAGGUGCUGAACAAGCUGAACUUCUCCGUCCCAGAUGAUGUGAUGCGGAAAAUUGCGCAGUGUUCUCCGGGGGUAGUGGAGCUAGUGCUCAUUCCAUUGAGGCAGCGCCUGGAGGAGCGGCAGAGGCGCCAGAAGCUGGGUGUUGGCUCCUUACAGGAGCUGGUUCCUCAGGAUAGCAGUGGCUACAUGGAUAUGGGUUUGUCCCAGAAGGUUCGAGGAGAUGCCCCAACCCUGGGAGAGCAGCUCAGAUCGCUGAAAAGGAGCAGGAGCUGUUGGCCUCUCAAGAGACAGUACAGGUCCUUCAGAUGAAGGUGAAGCGUCUGGAACAUCUGCUCCAACUCAAGAACGUGCGCAUCGAUGACCUCUCCCGGCGGCUCCAGCAGGCCGAGCGCAAGCAGCGGUGAGCGGUGCCAGGGCUGCGCGGGGUUUCCCAAUACCCGCCAGAGCCCAGACGCCGCGACCCACCACUCACCUGCGGACGCAGGAUUGGGAGGGCGGAGCGAGCUGCUCGUUAGCGUCUCCGGCAGCUACCGCGCUCGGCUGCAAAGGGUUCGGGCGAACGUGGGGGUGUUCAAAACCGAGGCCGGACACUGAUCCUCCUCCUUACACUCCAUCUGGGCCAGGAAAAAGGACCACUUUCCACAGCCCAGAAAACCUGUACGAACACACCUCAUGACUUCCCAAAUCGUGUCCUCUUUGAAGCUCCCGGCACUGGGCCUGGAGAGGCGGUCCUCUGGCUCGUUCCACACCCCUAGAACCGGUUCCUUUCUCAGCAUAGAAGAUAGCUUCAUCUCUGUCCAUGCUAAAUCUCCAUGCCCCCCGACACGCGAGAAACUAUCCCCGGAAGCUGAGGAAUUCUCUUGCCCCUUCUGGGUGCUGACCUGGGAUCCUUCUCAGGGCUGGAAAUCACAGCAGCUGGCGAGGAAGGGAUAAGGUGUUGAAGUAGUCGGGAGUAAGGGAGGCAUCCAGCUGUGCAAUCGCUCUCCUCUCAGGGAGCAUUAUCAGGAGUGCCUGGGGAAGACAAGGCAGAGCUGUCUCCAUUAAAGGUGGUGUUGUGCGUUC